UCCUUUCCCUAGGGCAGCAGCAGCUCAGACUCUCUGGAGGGCCAGAGCUGCGACUAUGCCAGCAAGAGCUAUGACGCCGUUGUCUUCGAUGUCUUGAAAGUGACUCCUGAGGAAUUUGCUAGCCAGAUCACAUUAAUGGACAUACCCGUGUUUAAAGCCAUCCAGCCUGAGGAACUAGCCAGCUGUGGAUGGAGUAAGAAGGAGAAACAUAGUCUCGCCCCCAACGUUGUGGCCUUUACCCGGAGGUUUAACCAGGUCAGUUUUUGGGUUGUACGAGAAAUUCUGACAGCACAGACUUUAAAAAUAAGGGCAGAAAUCCUGAGCCAUUUUGUGAAAAUAGCCAAGAAACUCCUAGAACUCAACAACCUUCAUUCUCUCAUGUCUGUGGUGUCAGCAUUACAAAGUGCACCCAUCUUCAGGCUGACAAAAACCUGGGCUCUUUUGAAUCGAAAAGACAAGACCACCUUUGAGAAACUGGACUACCUGAUGUCCAAAGAAGAUAAUUACAAGCGGACGCGGGAAUACAUCCGAAGCCUGAAGAUGGUUCCCAGUAUCCCCUAUCUAGGGAUCUAUCUUCUGGAUUUAAUCUACAUCGAUUCUGCAUAUCCUGCCUCAGGCAGCAUCAUGGAAAAUGAACAAAGAUCCAAUCAGAUGAACAAUAUCCUCCGAAUUAUUGCUGAUCUACAAGUUUCCUGCCGCUACGAUCACCUCACAACCCUGCCCCACGUGCAGAAGUACCUGAAGUCUGUGCGCUAUAUCGAAGAGCUCCAGAAGUUUGUGGAAGACGACAACUACAAACUGUCACUCAGAAUUGAACCAGGAAGCAGCUCCCCGAGACUCGUCUGUUCCAAGGAAGAUCUUGCAGGCCCCUCCGGCUCCAGCUCUGCGAGGUUCAGCAGGCGGCCCACCUGUCCCGAUGCAUCUGUUGCUGGCAGCCUCCCCACACCCCCGGUCCCAAGACAUAGGAAGAGCCACAGCCUGGGCAACAAUAUGAUGUGUCAGUUGAGUGUAGUUGAGAGUAAAAGUGCAACAUUCCCGUCGGAGAAAGCGAGGCACCUGCUGGAUGACAGUGUCCUAGAGUCCCGCAGCCCCCGUAGGGGCCUCGCCCUCACCUCCUCCUCUGCCGCCACCAAUGGACUCUCCCUAGGCAGUAGUGAGAGCUCAGAGUUUAGUGAAGAGAUGUCUUCAGGGCUGGAAAGCAGGGGACGUCUUUAUGCCACACUGGGGCCCAACUGGCGGGUUCCAGUUCGGAAUUCUCCCAGAACCCAGAGCUGCGUUUACAGUCCCGCCGGCCCGUGCAUCUGUACACUGGGGAGCCCAGCAGCGGUGCCCACCAUGGAGGGGCCUCUGAGAAGGAAAACGCUGCUCAAAGAGGGGCGGAAGCCCGCGCUGUCCUCAUGGACCAGGUACUGGGUCGUCCUCUCGGGAUCCACCCUCCUGUACUACGGAGCCAAGUCCUUGCGGGGCACAGACAGGAAACACUACAAAUCCACACCUGGCAAGAAGGUCUCCAUCGUGGGCUGGAUGGUGCGGCUGCCGGACGACCCAGAGCACCCGGAUAUCUUCCAGCUGAAUAAUCCUGAAAAAGGCAAUGUUUACAAGUUCCAGACUGGCUCCCGGUUUCAUGCAAUACUGUGGCACAAGCAUUUGGAUGAUGCGUGUAAAAGCAACAGGCCUCAGAUGACGAGCAGCUAGAAAGCAGAACUAGCAGGAAGUCCUUGACAAACGAAAACAGUAGGACAAGACUGAUCCAGGGAAGACUGGCGAUACCACAGGGGAGCCCCAAAUAAACUGCCUUUAAGCACCCUGGCUCACCUAGCCCCCUGGAGUACGCUCACACAAGCACGCACAGAGGUGCGCCGCUAAGAAUGCUCACUGCAGCACUGCCCGUGAGAGGAAACAAAGGACAAAAGUCCCCGGAAAGCCCUGUGACCCUCCAUAAUUUCCUAUCGGGCAACACCUGGUAGCAAAGAAGACAGAGGCCGAUCGGUGCAUCGUCACCUGACGGCGGCUCCUACACAGAAGUGAAGAAGCGGUGAGCACGAUCUCAUUUGUAUUAAAACAUAUGCAUAUUUGUUAUAUGUCUGUACAUUUAAAAUCUCUAAAAUAAUAUACAAGAAACCAUAAUUCUAUGAGAAUCCUUUCCACAUUAAGCAAAUGUACUUGCCCCCCUCCAUGGUGGGAAGACCAGGGGUUUCGGUAGGCAGUCAGCUAAGGUGAUGUGAAGUGAAUGCGGCUGGCGCUGCCUCGGGUGACGGCAAGAGCCAGAGUGUCCUGGCCUCCCCACUAGUCACGCUGUGUGUGUCUGGGGUCCCUCAUCAGCUCUGAGUGCCUCUCUGAGAGCACAGAGCACUGGGGCUCUCCUGCCACACACAGGUGGCCAGCAGGCGGGAGUGGCCCCAGGUUGGACUGGGACGGACAGUCUGAGGUGGGCCGCCAGCAUGGUGGGGAGGAGAGAGACCCGAGCCUUGGUGGUGGCCUGGGAGUGGCGCAGCCAGGAGCCGUGAUGAGGCGCUGCCCUGGGCAAGGCCCACUGCCCCUCUCUGGGGGGUGGGGCGGGCAGCGCACCGGUGGCAGCAGCUCCAUGGCAGGUAGCGAGGAACUGGGCCAAACCCAUUUGGCAGAGCAGGUGUUUGGUCAGAAGGACAAAUGAUCCAAAUCUCUGGUAUGGCGAACAUGGUGUGCCCUGACAAGGUUCUGCCAUUUCUAAGAAUUUCUGUCUGAUUUUUAGACUUAAGGGAGGGGGAUCUGCUAUUUUUUUCUUCUUUUUCCCCCUUUUAUUUCUAAUUUACUCUCAGUCAAAUAUUCCCACUCUGUGCUAUAUGAAAUAAUGAAAAGCUGACCCUUAAAUAUCCCAGAGCAGAGGGUGAUUUAGAUAAACCACAGUGCCUCCAUGGGGUGGCCCAGCAGGCCGCAGUGGCCGCUGCCCCCACGGAAAGUCUCAGUGACUGAGAUCGGUUCACUUUUUGUGGAACUGCAUUUCUUAAAAUUGUACUAACCCUGAGUACACAUAAACCGUAUUGAUACCAUAUGUGUAAGCUGUAAAUCCCAGCAGUAAGGCAAACAGCAGUGCACCCAGCACCCAGCCUAUAGGCAGGCGGGGCCCCCUGCUUAGGACGCCUCCCUCCCCCAGGGGCCUCUUCUGGAUUCUGCCUGCCUCCCACCUUCACCUCUCACUCCUGAUUUGUUUGUUUACUGUUCCUUUAAACAGCAUCUAAAAAUAUUUGUACAUGUAUUUGAUUCCUUAAUGUAUUAUCUUGGGUACAUUUUUAAAAAAUCAUUUUUUAUAAACAGAACCCUAACUAUAGUUUCAUCCACGCCUUGCUCUCCGACAGUGUGUUCCUAAGUUUCAUCGGUGUCAGUGUGUGUGACUGUCAUUAAUUUAUUCUUACUGGUUUUUUUAUUUAUUGACCCUGAGAAUUGAGGUUCUGCUUUUUGCUCUUUUGAACAGUACUGCUGUGACCAUUCUUAUAACUGUCUCCUGGUACAAAGAGAUGCAUUUUUUCCAAUUCAUUGCUAUGACCAAAUUGACACCAAGAUGGAUUUGUUUUUGAUGAAACUGCUUCUCAUCAAAUCUCCUAGAACCCCGUGGCAGUGCUGGGGGAGGAGGCCUGGGGCUAGGGGAGUGUUAGCAGCUUUGAGGAGAGGGGAAGAGGACACUCUGACUUUGGGCUGGCGGUCCCCCCCAGGAAAGGGAGCUGGGAUCUUGUCCUGGGCACAUAGCUGUGGGAAGGUCUUGGGGUUGCUGAUAUCCCCAAACUUAGCCCUUCUCUUUGCCAGUUCCUGCCGUCCCUGACCACCCACCCUCCCUGACUGGCUUCCCUUCCCGAGGCAUAUGCCCAUUCUUCAGGAUUUGUCUCCUCUCCAUUCCAAGUGCAGUGUGAUUUUGGUGCAAGGAUAGAGAGCAUACACUCUCGUGUCUCAGCGCUGCCACUCCCUGUGUACUUCCCCUGUCUAAGCCUCAGUUUCCCCUCUUUAUAAUGGAGAUACCACCAGUACCUGCCUCAUGGGUUGUUGUGAAGACUUGAGGACACAAUGCACGUGAAGUGUUCAGAGCAGCCUGUGUCACUUAACAAUUGCUGGCUGUCAUUAUUUCCAGGCCCUCUCUCCACCUGACCUGCUCAUUUACAGACUAACUGGGAAAGGCCUGGUCCCUUUCCUUAGGGACUACCCUUUGUCCCUUCCUAAAGCUGGGAACUUUGACAAGAGGUUGAGCUUUCUC